CGCCGCGUGUAGCCGUUGAAACUCUAGUUUCCGAUCAAGUUCCGGUAGCUUAUCAGAAGUUCAGAAUCUUGUUAUUUGUCUCCUUCAUUUAUUCCAGAGCUAAAUACCACAACCCACAUCAAAUCGGCAAUGGAAUGCGAAAACUAUUUUGCAGAUGAAUUGAAACCCGUUCCAUCCUCCGAAAAAUCUUCGCCGUGCUUCGACUGCAGUAUCUGCUUUGACUUCGCUAAAGACCCGGUGGUCACUCUUUGUGGCCACCUCUAUUGCUGGCCUUGUAUCUACAAAUGGCUAUCUUUCCAGACCACUUCCACAGACUCCGACGACAAUCCACUUUGUCCCGUGUGCAAAUCCGAAAUAUCCCACACAUCCGUCGUCCCUCUUUACGGCCGCGGCAAAACAUUUUCUGACGACGAGGCCGACACCAAGACCGCGGUUAUCCCACCUCGGCCACACGCAACUCUCGUCCCCGCAUCCAAUCCCGCCCAACGGUUCUCUUAUCGGAAUUCUCAUCAAACGCCUUAUGGAAGUUACGAUCGUUCACCGGACAUUUAUAGUCACGGGGUCGAUGCUUACAAUCCAAACGUGUGGAUGUACGGAGAGAUGAUUUACGCUCGGGUUUUCGGGAACUCGCAGAGUUUGUACACGUUUCCGAACUCGUAUCAUUUGGCUGGGAGUAGUAGCCCUAGAUUAAGAAGGCAAGAAAUGCAGAUUCAUAGAUCCUUAAACAGGUUAACCAUUUUCUUGUUUUGCUGCUUCUUUUUAUGCCUACUGCUGUUCUAGAUAGGGGUAGAUUAGUCUUUUUACCGAAAUUUUUGUGCAGUUUGUAUGCUUGCUUAUAGCAUCGAUGUGUAGAUGAGAUUAUAUAUUAUGUGGUUUGUGUAUAAAUGAAGUUUUGCCAAUUUUCUUGUAAUCAAAUGAGCUGAAUCAUUUGUGGUGGAAUUUAAUUGUGCCUUAAUUUGA